UAUAUCUGUAGUCACUGCGUAAUGUAUAUGUCAGCCCUCAGCUGUUUAGAUUUCUUGUUUGACAUUGCUUAUUUCAAUGUUGCCGCGUGCUUCUAACACAAUAGUUUCUUUAUCGCUUUGUUUAUUGUGGAAAUAACGAAUUUUCGUCAUGAUACUAAACGACGUGGACAAAUAUCUCCAAGAUUUAGAGAAAACUGAGCUUGAAGCUCCUAGUGGAGUUGCAACAACACAAACGUACGCACAAUUAUUAGCUGUAUAUCUUUACCAAAAUGAUUUAUGCAACGCCAAGUACCUAUGGAAACGGAUACCAUCGGACCUAAAAAGCGGAAGUACGGAACUCAAGCAAAUAUGGGUGGUUGGGCAGCGGAUGUGGCAAAGAGAUUGGCCUGCGGUUCACGUUGCCCUUAACGCAAAGUGGAGCGACGAUGUGUCCGAUAUUAUGGCUGCCUUAAAAGAAAACGUUCGAGAGAGGGCAAUCAUCUUAAUAUCCAAGGCAUAUUCGUCGUUGGGCCUGACUGUGUUCGCAUCGAUGACUGGUCUGACAUUGGAGGAAGCUCGUCGUCUUGUCCUCGAGAGAGGCUGGUCCAUGGACGGAACUAUGGUACAACCGUGCAAGAUCGAAAAAGAAGAGGAAUGCAACGUGCCCACUGAAGUCGGUCUUACCGAGGAUCAGCUGCGCAAACUUACUCAAUUCGUGUCCUUCUUAGAGAACUGAACGAACAACGUGUCGUCAAUGGACACGCAACAUCAAGACUCGAUCGACAGUACUUUAAACUUAGUCUUACCUCGUAAUGGUAUUAUAUAAAGGAGGAAGUGUGCUUCAAAGAAAGCACCUGUGUUCCUACCCUAAGUAUACACCACGGUCUACCUACGCGUCCUGCCUGUUCAAUCGGAAGAAAUCAUUCGACGAAGCUCGUUGCAAGCGUGGAGUCAACAACUCGAUUAAUCAAUAAUCUUAUGCUGCUCGCGGGGACUGAUAUUUUCUAAAAAGAAGAGAUUCUUCCAAGAGGAGAGAAGAAAAACGAAUCACAGUUUCCAACGAGUAUAUUAUAGAUAUCUUGAUCCAUCGGUGUUCACUUUAGCAUUAAAUUAUUGAAACGAAUUGCUCUGUUGUAUAAAAUAAUAAUAAUAAUUAGGGACGCGAUCAUUACCGUCCUGAUACAACGCUUCAAGA